AGUCUCUUUUCCACAAAGUUUUGCGAAGUAAAGACGGGCCCAAGUGAGGCUGCCGCGAGUGCUUUUCAAACAAAAAAGAUAGGAGAUUGAAAUCUGCCUACUCUGAUUAAAGUUCAGUGAGUGUCGGAUAAAGUGACAACUUUUCUGUGUUUUUUUUCACAAUAAAGAAUAAAGAAAAAUCGGUAAACAUACCGUAUCAAAAAGUGACUGUCCAACCAAAUUCGGUCUCCUGCGGAAGUGCUCGUGCGUGAAGAAAUUCGGCUGCAGUUUUUAAAGGAAGGUGAAGCGAAUAAUAAAACAAAAGGACUCAAAAUGCCGCAAACCAAUGGAUUCGCUAGCAAUGGCCAUAAUGGCUACGAGAUGGAAGAUGGGUGCUCCUUUCUGUUCACCUCCGAAUCAGUAGGCGAGGGACAUCCAGACAAGAUGUGCGAUCAGAUCAGUGACGCCAUCCUGGAUGCACAUCUGCAGCAGGAUCCGAACGCUAAAGUUGCAUGUGAAACUAUUUCAAAGACUGGAAUGAUCUUAUUAUGCGGAGAGAUCACAUCGAAGGCUGUAAUCGACUACCAGAAAAUUGUUCGAGAGACCGUCAAGCACAUCGGUUAUGAUGACUCCUCAAAAGGAUUCGAUUACAAAACAUGUAACGUGUUGCUUGCGCUGGACCAACAAUCACCCAACAUUGCCGCUGGAGUGCAUGUAAAUCGUUCCGAGGAGGAAGUCGGGGCCGGAGAUCAGGGUUUGAUGUUCGGUUAUGCCACCGAUGAAACGGAGGAGUGCAUGCCCUUGACCGUCGUGUUAGCCCACCGCCUGAACGAGCGUAUCGCUGAACUGCGCCGCAAUGGUGAUUUCUGGUGGGCUCGGCCGGAUUCCAAGACUCAGGUCACGGCAGAGUACGUGUUCGAGUCGGGAGCAUGCAUCCCCAAGCGAGUGCACACGAUCGUUGUGUCGCUGCAGCACUCGGAGAAGAUUGGCCUCGACGAGCUGCGCAAGAGCAUCAUGGAUGAGGUCAUCAAAGCGGUCAUUCCGGCCAAGUAUUUCGAUUCGGACACCAUUGUGCAUAUCAACCCGUGCGGACUUUUCAUCAUUGGUGGACCACAGGGCGACGCUGGUCUGACCGGCCGUAAGAUUAUCGUAGAUACUUACGGUGGCUGGGGAGCGCACGGCGGUGGUGCUUUCUCUGGUAAGGACUUCACCAAGGUCGACCGUUCGGCAGCAUACGCUGCUCGAUGGGUGGCCAAGUCAUUGGUGAAGGCAGGAAUCUGCCGCCGCUGUUUAGUACAGGUUGCAUACGCUAUCGGUCUCGCCGAACCGCUCUCGAUUACAGUAUUCGAUUAUGGUACCUCCAAGUACAGUCAGAAGGAACUGCUGAACAUCGUUUCGAAGAACUUCGACUUACGCCCGGGAAAAAUUGUCAAGGAUCUUAAACUGAGGACUCCAUUCUACCAGCGCACCAGCACGUAUGGACACUUCGGACGCGAAGGCUUCCCAUGGGAGGAGCCCAAGGAGCUGGUGAUGAAUUGAUUUGCAGCGCAAGCAAUUGGUUGCGGCGGUAGAAGCGAUUCGUUAGUUUCUCUCAAUGCCGCAGACAGUAGCAACGAAGCUGCUCCAGUAGCUUUUAAAAAAGCCAAGCUAGAUGUUUAACGUAAGGAGCGUAUAUUUUAUUCUGAAAUUAUCAUCAGUUUUUUUAUACGUGUAAGUAGGUGUGUCUUUAAGGUCCCGUGACAGCUGUAAGUUCUUGUGAGUUUUAGAGUAGUUCAGUUGUUUCCUUUGAGUCAAUAAGCCGGAAUGUGUCAUAUUAAUGAACAGAAAAUAGUUUUUAUUUUCAAAGUUUAUAUUCGUCUGUGUUGACAAUGUGAUCCUUGUACCAAUUUUAUUGUACGCAAUCAUCCUUCCAGUUUACACAUUUAUUCAGAAUGAAUUGAAAUAGCAUGUUUAGGACAGAUGAAUCGUGUCGAAAAGAAAGUUUUUAAAGAACGUGAUCAAAAGAAUUUAAAAAUUGUAAAUGAAUUUCUUCAAGAUUGUCGCACCUUUGUUAGUUGGUCAGGCCCAGUCUUACUUUACACACAAAAUUGCCGGUAGGAAAUUUGUAACCAUCGCAUGAAUGUCUACAAUUAGUUUGUACGCUUACUUACACCACAUACACUCUGCAAAUUUCGUGAAGAUUACAAAAGUAGUAUGUAUACAAUAAUAAAAGUGACAUAGUGUUUACAGAAAGUACACAACAACUAAAAUAUAAAAAAAAUGAUAAAAAAAUCAAAAAAAAAAUUAGAAACAUAUGCUGCUUGAAGCAGUCAUGCAUAAACCGGAUCCGUGAUGCUUUGACAAAGCUAGAUCAUAGGGUUGGCCACAGUAGGAACCCCAUCAAGUGCGCUUCCGGUGUAACAUCUUAUGGAGGUGCUGCCUGCUGCAAAAUUCGUUGUAUGACGUGAAAAAAAUCAGUUCAAUCGUUUCAUGGCGAUAUAUAUUUUCAGCGAAAGAUUUAUUUUAUAGCGUUAGGAUAUCAUGGGAAUGGUGCGUGAUAGAUUCACAUCCGUAGGAAACGAAAAUAUAUAAAGUAUCAAACGAUUGCAAGUUAAAACUUCGUUGAAUCUGGAUUAUGUUCUAUUAGAUUUACAUACACUUGUUUCAAUUAUAGAGUCAUCAGUAACAUCGAAAAGUGUGUAUGUCCAUUGACGCAAGCAAUUCAGCAUUUAAGAAGGCGCAAUAUUUUUAACGUUUAAGAAUCGAAUGGUGCUUUUGGAAGCUUGAAUCAUAUAGCAAAUUAGCAAGCAUGGGACAUUUGUCCUUAGUAAAGUUCAGAAAAGAUUAACGGAAUCAUAUGAAUAAACUGCCAAUUUUAAUUUCGAUUAGUUAAUAGCGUAAACACACAUUCGAUAGAUUUAAAUACACACUGCUCUGAAAGAAUAAUAUACGAACAGGACCAGAAUCUCCAAUCAUUCUCUGUAGGUUGUUGUAUUUCUAAAAUUCAAAAUCCAUAAAUUUGAAUUCUAGGGCCACACAACCAACUACAGAGCAGAUAUUACAAAACUCGUACAUCAACAAAUAGUAAAUUAGUUCAUACAUAAACAGGAAUGCGACUUUUUCUUUUCCAAAAUUUUGGUGGACACGAGAUGCCCACUAAAACAAAUAAUCUUAAUAAUCCACACGCAACGAAGUUUAUUUUUUUCGCCAGUUCAUACACGUUUUGUGUUGUGUUUACGUAAAGGAAUUUAUUUGUGGAAAAGAGCCAUUUCGAAAACACUCCGGUCCGCUAAAUGAUUGAAGGGUGUUCGCUGGUACGACAAAAAAAAUCAGAAAAAAACACUUAAAAACAGUCUCCCACUUACGGACGUAACAUUGCCCAUUGUGUUAGCGUGCUUUUAGUUUUGCUAAAAUUUCCAAGCAGUAGGGAGAGAUAAUUAUUUUCCUAUGAGUGCGAAUCGAAAAUCUAACAAAACGAGAAAUCUAACGUUUGAAUGCAUGUUACGUAAGAUACAAUUAUUAAAAAAAUAUAAAACCCAAAACAGAAAAUAAAAAAUGAUAAAAGUACUGCGACACGCUUUGCAAGGCACGGUUUCGACUAAAAAAAAGAGUUUGAAUAGUUUAUUUGUCUUAAAUGAAUAUUCCCUAAGGUACGAAUUACUUACUGAUGAAAAUUAAAAAAAAAAUGUGAAACUAAAACUUGAUUGAAUGAUCAGAUAGAUUGAACAUGAAAAAAAUAGCAAGAGAAAAUCAUAAAUAUUGAAAUAAAUCCCCACUACUUCUGGUAGAGUGAAA